AGUCAUGGUUUCGUCCAAAGGUAGAUGACCCUUGGUUAGUCCAGAGAGGGGAGGUCUUCUAAGGUCGAUAUCCAAGAUUCGAAUUUGACAUGGCAUCUACUGAUCAAGUGAGCUUUGUGAAAGCUGGGUCUAUGGAUGAUGCCACCAGUGAGGGACAUCAUCAUCACCAUGGAGAUCAUGGCCACACCCAUGAAGCUAUGGAGCAUCCUGGGAAAUUUACAACCAGAGAUACACCAGUCUUGAGAACAGACUGGAAGCAGAGAGCCUACACAGUAGGCAUAGGAGGUCCUGUUGGCUCAGGGAAGACAGCCCUGGUUCUGGCCCUGUGUAAACACCUGAGGGAGGCUCACAACAUCUGUGUAGUCACUAAUGACAUCUUCACCAGGGAAGAUUGGGAGUUUCUGGUGAAGAACAAGGCUCUCCCAGAGGAGAGGAUGAGAGCAGUGGAGACAGGAGGAUGUCCACAUGCAGCUAUCAGAGAAGAUUACUCGCUAAAUAUGGAAACAGUAAAAGAACUGACGAAAAAGUUCCAGCCCGAGUUAGUCAUCAUUGAAUCAGGUGGAGACAACUUGGCUGCUAACUACAGUAGGGAGCUGGCAGAUUACAUCAUCUAUGUGAUAGAUGUAGCAGGAGGUGACAAAGUCCCUAGGAAAGGAGGGCCUGGAGUCACACAGAGUGACCUGCUGGUUAUCAACAAGACUGACCUAGCAGAGGCUGUAGGAGCUGAUCUAAAGGUGAUGGACCGUGAGUCUGCUAUGAUGAGGGAUGGAGGACCCACCAUCUUCACCCAGGCCAAACACAAUAUCGGGGUUCCAGAGAUAGCAGAUCUCAUCCUAGCUGCACGUAAACAAGCAGUUCCACAGUGAUCGUCACUUCAGGCAACAGAAGAUGUUGUGGGCAAAGCUUAAGUACUGUGUGCUGAUCAUUGAGUAAUUUAACAAAUGAAUGUAACAGUGAAUGUGACUUAGUCAACUUGUGUUGUAAACACUGAGCUGUGUGCUGAAUAUUGAGCAAUGUUAACACAGUGAAAGACUUUUUAGUCAAGUUAAAUUGUGUUAACACCGAGCUGUGUGUUGAACAUUGAACAAUGUUAUUGUUAACACAGUGAAAGACUUUUUAGUCAAGUUGUGUUGUUAACACUGAGCUGUGUGCUGAACAUUGAACAGUGAGUAAUGAACAUGAUGUACGUUUUGUGGCCUGUAUGAUACAUGAGAUCAAACAUUAACGGUAUCUUUAGUCUAAGUUGUAACAUGAGAUGUAAGUCAGUUUAAGAAAGCAAAAUCAUGGAAUAUUUGCGUAUCAACAGAGGAAGACAAGUGAGUCUUUAAAACUAAGAUAACUUGAAAGAGUUAUUACACAGUAAUUGAUUGAAACAAAUCAAGAACUAUUUUGUCAGUAGUGAAUUGGGAAAAGUUGUGAAGAGUUCAGUAUAGAAUUACAAAUCUGUUACCGUAUUGAAAUGUACAAGUCGUGUGCAUGUAUACUGCUUGUAAGGAUUAAUUCUUGAAGAUGAGUGUUGUUGUUGCUCGUUUGUCCUCGACAUCAUAGACAUCACCAUUAUGUCAGACAAUUUUGCAGUAGGUGGAUAUCAUCAGGAUUUAGCAAUUGAACAGGUUUGUUGCAAAGAUGACUCCUAGCACCAUUCAGUUGUAUUGCACCACAAACAAAACCCAACACUGCAACUUGUUGCCUCCAGUUGCAAAUGCAUUUCAUUGUUCUUUGAUUUUCUUUGAAUAGGAAAGAUGACCACAGUCCAAUUUAAGAAAAGUUGUUGGGAAAGUUCUCUGCAGCCAGUAUCAAUCUUUAAAACUGUCUCAUAUGAUAGAAGAAAUACCAAACUUUUUCAGUUCAGGUGUGAUGCUCAUAUCAUGACUUUAAUAUCCAGGAGUGCCACCAAGGUACCCCCUGAAAACAAAACCUGUUGAUCAAAUUCAAGGCAUCAGUUUUCUGAUCAUGAGUUGCUAGCCUUAAUGUCUCUUUACUGAAUACAGACCAUAAUUUUCUGUGUGCCUGUCUGCCUAUUCACUUUGGUAUGAAGUCAGUUUGUUAAGCUCAGGUAGCUAAUUGUUCUGUGCCUAAUAAGUAACCAAAUGUGUGUACCUAAGGUGGUGGCUGUGCACCGACUUAGAACUGUAUCAAAUUCGCCUGCGAAUCCUUCACCUUUUGUUCUGGGAAUACGAGACAGCGUCGGUGAAAUAUUUGGGCUUACUGAAGGUAACGCCUUUCUCUCACAAGGAAGUCUUGUUGGCUGGUGUGACAACCUGUCAGAGAGAGAAAACAGUGCCUUUGAACCAAACUUUGCAGCUGGCAAACAUCUGUACCAUCUUGGAGCAGAGAAGGAGCAUUUUAUUGCAUGCUGUUGGUUCUAAACUGCUGCAGGUCUA